AUGAUCGCGGACGGGGGGUUGAAUCGCCUUGAAUAUCGCGCACCGAUACUCCCUGAACGUCGCCGAACGAUCGCUGCCCGGUCACUUUUGCCCGCGGACUUUCUCGCCCGGCGGCCGCCGCUUUCGGCUCGGCUCGAUUUAAUUAGAAUAUCGCGAGAAACGCGACUUCCGGGGUCCGCUUACGCCCAGGCCGGGUCAACCGCGGGGAACGCGGCCGAAAGAACACUGCGCUCGAAUUCCUUCGGUGAUCAUUUCGGUUGGUGCGCACCGAAUUCCCCGUGAAAACCAGCAUCCGAGUGGACCCGUGCUUGUAGACUGGAUCUUCGGUGAACAUGGUAGCUGGAAGCUUUCCGUUUCACGAUCUUCCUAUGAAACUUAUUUAGUUGUUGGUGGAUUUGUUGCCUUUUGGGUAGUAUGCGCUUAGACCUUGAUGUUUAGCGAGUUCUCGUUAAAUGAAAGGUGGAUCGAUGGUUUCUUUUUGUGCUUGGUGAACUUGUGCGGGGAUUUUGAAUAUGGGUGCCCGAAAAGUUUGAUGGGUCAUGUAUAUUGAGGGGGGAAUUAAGAGGAAUGCGUGAAUGAAUCGCGAACUUAGGGUACGUGAUUGCUCCAAGUCAAUUAAUUUAGCCUGUCACCUGGGGAGGACGAGUCAACUCUUCUGUAGCCGACGGUGAUAGUCGGUUUCCGGAUGCGUUUGCCACAUAGUUAUCGCGUAAAAUCCGCAAUCUUGUAAACUAUAUCGGAAUCCUGAUUGCGGUAGAAGAACCUACAUUACAGUCUCCGGAUUUUUGCUCUAAUGCUCUCGAAGAAAAUAUUUGUUCCUCGUGUUAUUCUAAUUAUUUACAACAUCGGUGACAAGUUAGAUCGGCAAAGAGCACUUGUCUGAUAGUGUCCAAACGAUAAUCCAUAUUUGCAGCAACUGAAAAUUAGAAACAACGAAAACAAGAAGUUGCGCAUUUCUACGAGCCAAGUAGGGUUCGAAAAAACUUUGUUAUGUAAAUCUGAUGUAGUGAACGAUAAAGAAAAACGAUAAAGUUACAAGGAAAAAGUUCGUGUUACGUGACGCACAAAGGAUCAGUGAUGGGACUAAACGUUGACAUUGUUCAGUGUUGAGAAUGUAACGAAUUUCGAGCACCGACGGUCACAGGUAAAAAAAGGAAUCACUCGAAAAUGCAGUCGACCUGCCAGCAGCAGCAGGCCCAGCCAGGUCAGAACGGCACCUCUGCGAACAGGACGUCGUUCCUGAUCGAGGACAUCCUCAGCCGGGGCACCGUGCCUCCGCACUCCCAUCAUCAGCUCCACCAUCAGCACCUGUCCUCUAAUCACGGUGUUCAGCAUCCGCAUUAUCAACAGUUCGCCAGUUUGCUACCCGGUUAUCCGUCGGCGCCACCCACCGCGGCUUUCUUCUUGGGCCCGCUUUUCGGCAACACCGGGAUGGGGGUCGGAGUGGUGCCAGGGGUUAGUGAACUCGCGGCCUUGAAGCACUGCCGACGACGGAAAGCACGAACGGUAUUCAGCGAUCAACAGUUAGCGGGUUUGGAAGCAAGAUUCGAGAUGCAGAAGUACCUAAGCACGCCGGAAAGGGUCGAGCUUGCGGCGGCGCUUCACCUCUCCGAGACCCAAGUGAAAACGUGGUUUCAAAACCGGCGGAUGAAGCACAAGAAACAAUUGAGGAAAUUGAGCAGCAGCACGGGCAGCAACAGCAAUCAGAAUUCCAAUCAGCCGUGUACUGGCCAAUCCGUUUCCGUCACGUCACCUGCCGAGAGGCCAGUGGAUUUCUCGUUGAGCGGCGGCCGAGAAUCUCGAGCGAGCAGCGACGCUCCGGUUGACUCCGACGACGACGAGAUCGACGUUCUCGGUGACGAGACACCGUCGCCGACGCAGACGGGUAACAUCCACGUUUCGAGACGUGUUGGAUCGCCGACGAGUUUCCAUCAGAUGACGCAUCCUCAUUCGGUCACUCUGCCCCAUCACUCGCAACACGGUCAAACCGUGCAACGUCAGCAUCGCUGAAAUGACACAGUUCUCAUUGUGCACGGUUCUCUAAACGACACAAGCUAAUCGAGAAAUACGAUUACGGGGUGGAGGAGAAGAUCAUUGUGAAAAAUGUGAAAAAAAGUGGAUAGAAAAGUGAAAGCGGAAUCCAGUUCCUGUGAAGGCGAUGUUGAAGUGAUAGGAAGGUACGAGAGACUUGAAGGAGAAUUCACGGUAACGAGUAAGAUUCAAAGAUUUUGAUGAAUUAGUCGAGAAGUGGUAACCGAUCAAUCGGUGGUUACUAUGGGCCUCGAAGACAAUUAAUUUUUUAAUUAGGGAUCUCGUUAGGGAAAGUUCUUUGUGGAGGAUUCCAUUACCUUCGAACGAGCGGAAUUGUUCAUUGAACACCUUGGAUUGGUUCCGUGGAAUCGGUUGUUGCGAUUUCGUCGCAACAGUGAGUCGACCUCCAUGAAAACGAGUCAAUAAUUGUAAGAAUGGACAGCGAUGUAAAUGUUCGAAGAGGAAAUCGAAGAAAGUCGUCCCCUCCAUUACGAAUACAUUUCUAACGGACUGUGUUGCACGUAUAAAGAAUAGAACUGUAAGAAGAGAAGUUUCCUCUUUUUUGUUUGAACAAAUCGCUAAUGGAUCAGUGAUCAGCGAUCAGGAAAACGGUAUACCUGGAGACUUUUAGUGCCAACCGACAUUUGUGAUCGAACUAGUCUUGUUUAAGCGAUAUUGUAAAAAGAAGGGAAAGAAAAGAGGAAGGUGAACCGAUGGAGACGUGUAAGAUAAAAAUUCGACGAGAAACUCCACCAUCGAUAAAAAAGAAUGUAGAAAGUGUAAACGUGUAAAUGACUCGCUAAUCGAUCUUCUGCGACACUUUUUAUAGCGAAAUGCCGUAAUUAAAGCUAGUCUGUUUUUGUGUCACUUUUUAUAGCGAAGUAGAAAGUUAGCCUGUGGUUCAAGUUGGGAUUAAAAUGUCACGAUGUAACACAGUGUAUUUCUUUGCCUCCCUUAAUUGCGCCUUUCUAAUUGGUCGUCGAUGAGAAGAGCGUUCGC